AUGAAACGUAGCGGCGAUGAAGUCACGGAUUUCGCUACGGGUCGUGAUUGCGAAAAGUCGGACGCGUACGCGGUGCUGUUCCGAGGUCCUUCGCAAUUGGCUAGCUUCGAGGUCUGCAACCCUCUCGAUUUCAAAGAGCCCCCCGUGAAGCUGUUGUGGGCGCACAUGAACAUGGCGGGCACCGCGGUCGACCUCUUGUUCGACGUCGACACCGACCGCGGCGAGACCGCUGGGCUCACCCUCGGAGGCGCGUACUCUUGCGAUAAACUCUUCCUUCGCGAAAGCGCGGUCGUGUUAGGCGAAGGGUGCAUAGGCGCGUUCAUCGACAAACGCUUCGUCCGAUUGUAUCUGGUCGUCGGCGAACACAACGUCACCGAGUCGAGCGACGGCGUGUCCGACGGAACGACGCUCAGCCUGCGCGGCGGCGUCGUAUAUCACGACCGCUUCAGAGAACGAGGAAACAGCUCCACCGCCUCUGUCGUGGUGACAAGACGUGCGGGAGAGCCCAUCGCGGUCGUCGCGGAUGUGACUACCUCCAAAGGUUCUUAUGCGUUCCCUCCGUCGUCAGGGAACCAUUCCACGAUCAAAUACACCGGGAGAUUCGCUGGUCGGUACUACUCAGACAGAAAUCCAUACGAUCUUCCAUGGACGUCACCGGUGAUAGUAAACCAACAGAAACUGUUCAACGAGCAAUGCUACCACCCUGAGAAAACUGCGUACGACGACAAAAUCGUGCUCCACGCGGAUCGUUCCACCGGCGCGAUCGGGGAUGUUCCUUUGCGAUUCAAGUGGAGCCUGAAACCCGAAUCUGUGAGAAGAAGUGUCUGGACGGAUCCUAAGUGCAAUCCCGCAACUACUAAUUAUUGUCCGCACGUUUACAUCAAACCGCAGACCGAGCAGGAGAAGGAGUCGGUGAGGAAAUUGGAGGCAUUUGUGUCUUCGCAACCUCGCAAACAUACGCUGCGAAUCCCACGAGAAUUCUUCCUUGCAGAUUGCCCUUGGGCUUGGGAGUACAUUUUCAACGUCGUCGCGUACAACAAAGAAGGUCACGACGUGGAUCGCGGCGCGGUCGACCCUUAUACCGGUCAACUUGUGCACGAUCCUCACGCGGACACCGCAACGGCGACUAUAAAUAUCUUCCCAGGUGGUUCGUGCGAUGAAAGAAGUGUGCCAUCAUCGCCGAAGCUUGUUUUCAGGUAUGGGCCUCACAAUCCUCACAGCAUAGCAAUAGAUUCUCCGCCCGCGAUCUUCACCCCCGCGUCAUUGCGCAAAUCAUUUACUCAGUUGGCACUCGUGCGCGAAUGGACGUACGACCGCCGAUGGAAAUACUCCGACCUCCCCGAGUGCAAUCCCCCAGUGUCGGUGACGUGGGCGGUGAAGCCAGAGUACAACUCCGAAAUGUACGCUACGUUCCCCAAGUCCCGCGUCGCGGGAUGGCCCACCCCUACGGGAUUGCACCCUGAAGUCGUCGCGCAGGAGGCAAAGCUGCAGAAAAUCGUCGCUGCGACGCGGGGGAUGGUGUCCGGCCGCCUAUCACGGACACUUUUCUUCGCCGCCCGGCAGUACCACUUCACUUCAAACUACUCGAUAUUUUUCAACGACACGUGGCACAACGACACGGUGUAUGACGUGCACGGCUUCCCAGGGCGUGUCAUGCGAGCGGGUUAUGCGGGUAUAAAAUCGAUCAUCGUCGGUGGCAUGGGCGGAGACCCCAUGACGGACUACUUCAAGCCAAUCGACGCGAACGGCGGUGAUUUUUCGUACUCACCCGUAACGUUCGACGCGUCUUCGUUGUAUCCUUCGGUCUCGCGUGCGAACACCGGUGCUUUCAUCGUCGAUAAAACCGAGGAGGUGAACGUCACGACCGCGCCUUUGCGAUUCGUCGAUCCGGACUGGCGAACGGACACCCACGCGCUCAGACACGACUGGACGUGCGAGGAUUUACUCGCGGACCGCCCGACGUGCCACCUCCGCGGCAUGACGAAGAAACUCAAGGACAUGUAUGGAAUAUUCGUGGUCGACGACAUACCCAGUGGGAGCCCGCUGACGUUGCCACCAAACACGAUGGGACCGAAUUCGGCGUACACGUUCACGAUGCUGACGUCCAAGACUCACCGCUCGUCGAGAGGGCCUGAUAAGGUUCAGCUCGUGACGGGGAACAACACGUGCCCGAGCGCGAACAUCGAGCCGACGCCGAAGUCGAUCAACCAUCAAUUCUUGUUUCGGAUCUACGGCGACGGAGUAAGCGCUUUAGGCCGCGUGCAGUUCAGGUGGAGCAUCGUGGACACGAGCCCGGCGACCGCGACGACGCUCGCCGUUCCCGUGUACACGCACUGGCAAGACAAGGGGUACAUGUCGAUCGUCAAAAAUACGAUGAACCCCGGCCGCGAGUACACGCUCACGCUGACCACGCGCGUCGCCGGCGUGGAUAACGGAUGCGAAGGACAAUCGGAGAGAAUCCUGGUGACGAACGCGCCGCCUCGGUCCGUGGGCGAAGGCGUCGUCGUCGAACCCGCGAUCGACGGGAUUGAAUUUGAAACUAAAUUCUCCGUCGAUUGCGGCGAAUGGGUCGACGCGGAUAAAACGCUCGAGUAUCGCCUCGCGUACUGGUACGACUACGACGUCUUCGCCCCGCGUUGGAUGUGGCUCACAGAGCUUCAGGAAGGUCACGCUGUUUUCGAAGACGUCUUGCUCCCUCACAAUCGACGCGCUGGUGGACGCACGAAGAUUCGAUGCGUCGCGUUCGACGACGAGGGCGCGUUCGGAACCUCGGUCACCACCGUGAAGGUCGCCGCGCACGCGAACAUCUCCGCGGCGGUCGACGACGUAUUCGUCAUCGGUUCGCACCUCGAGCACCUCCACGUCUUCCCGGCCGCGUUGCGUAGGCUGCAGGAAGUGGAUAAGCUGCGACACGCGGUGGCGGCGCAACGGCGCCGCCGCGCGCUCUUGGGCGAGAACAUCGAACCGUCGUCGCCGUCCCCUCCUAGUCCGUCCGUGGGGACCGAGUUGAAAAAGGCGCUAGACGUCGUUCGAGGCGUCCUGGCGAGGUGCAACGGCGGCAUCUCCGAGGACAUCAUCGAGACGGUGCUCGAGCUAUCAGACACGUACCUCACGACGAGCUGUGAAUUCGCGUCGUUCGACCCCGGCCGAGCGUCGAGAGACGUCCCGAUCCAAGCGCUCUUGCCCGUCGUCACUCGCGUCGCGCACGACUGGCCUGUCGAGCAACGAAAGUACGCCGCAGCGGCGUCGCGCGUGAACAUCAACGCGAGUCCAGAGUCGAACGCGGAGAGCGACGAAGACUGGGCUCGCCUCGCCUCGGCGUACGCCGCCGCGGCGCGUCUCGUGUCCCACCGGAGUUCCGGCGUCGACUCGGUGAAGAUGCUGCGUGGCGCCGCCGCCGCGGCUGUCGCAAACGAAGAAACGUGCGACGCGCCUGUCACGACGCGAACGAUCGCCAUGCGCGGCGGGGGCGGUGGGAAGCGUAGGACGCUGUAUUCCCGCGCGACCUUUUCAGGCACCGUCGCGGCGUACAACGAAAAGCUCUCCGGGGGCGCGUCGGAGUCGUCGUCCGAGUGGCCGAGCCACAUUCCGACGUUCAGCGUUUCCGGUGCCUUUCGUUCGACGCGCGACAACGAAGCCGGCGCGGCGCCGACUAUCAUCAAAUCCGACGAGUGCGUCACGUUCAGCGUCGGCGCGAUUCCGUCGAGGGCGUUCGAGACCGCCGACGUCGACGUCAUCAUCGUGAGCCCGGUCGUCGCCGUCAUACACGUGGUGGAUCAGUUCCUCGGUCAACUGAGCGAUCUAAAUCCUCACGGGGUACGAGACGUCGUCGCGACCGCGCGACUCGCGUUCCACGGAGGGCGCUUCCUUCGAAACGAGAAAGUGUUCGUCGCGAAGAACGCCACGUCAAUCCGCUCGCGCAUGUACUGCGCGCACAUGCGAACGACCGCGACGGACGGCUCGGACGUCGCCGUCGAGUCGCCUGCGUUUACCGGCGGCGUUUCCGUCGCCGCUCCCGCGUGCGUGCUUCUCGACGCCGUCGAAGGGUACGAUUACGAUUGCGUUUGCGACCAAGUCGGAGCCGUCGCGCUAGCGGUGGCCGGGCCGUUCGACGAAUCCGAGUGGACCGUUCACGAGUGCGAAGGCGACCAGUGCGCGACGUGCUUCGACGGCGUGCGAAACGGAGACGAGGAAGGCGUCGACUGCGGCGGCGCGUGGUGCGGCACCUGUUCGAAUGCUGAGCAGAGUCGAGUCCUCGACGCGGGGCCGUGCGCGAACAUUCGCGCAGGAGAGGACGACGAGCAACCGACCGUUUCGAACCCGCGCUCGCUCGUCGAUUCGAGACGCGCGAGUCUCGACGAAGUUGAUGAGACGUCGGUCACGACGACGUACGUGAUCACGGGCAUGUCUGCGGCGAAGGCGGAUGCGCAGUUGAAUUUUGUAGAAAACGUCGUGAAGUCGCGCCUGAGCCGAGGGAUUAAAUUCCAUUCGAUCGCGCCGUCGCGCGUCUCCGCGGAGAUGAGCGAGGACGGCACGUCCGCGACGCUCGUCUUGAAGUUCAUUGGUUUCGUCGGGAAGGACCCGAGAGGCGUGAAGAGGUUUUCGCAAAUGUCCGCGGGACCGCGGACGAUGAGGGCGGUGAACGUGAUCAUGAAAAAGCGCGGGACGCUCGUCGUCGCCGCGAAUUACAAAACCGAUUCCGUCAUCUCGUGGAGCGACGGGCACGCGAAGGCGCUCAAAGGACGAAUCGGGGGGUUGAUUAGAAAGGCGAAAUCGGCCGCCGCGGCCGGCAACCAAGCCGCGCGAGCCAAGUUUGCCCGCGGGAUCGGGUACUUCAAAGCGCUCCUAAACGAACCGCCGCGCGCGGUGAACGAGACGGUUUCAUCGAGCGCGGCGUCUGGAAGAUCGAACGCCGCGACGGAGUCCAGAGAAGACCAUUUGUUCCGCCUGCAAUAUCCGUCGCCGCCACCUCAUCCUCCACCCCUACCUCCGGCUGCACCGCCGCCGGCGCCUCCGCCGCCUUCUCCGCCUCCGCCGCCCCCGGCGAGGAAAUUUCAUAACAAGGCUGAGCUCAUCGCCGCCAUCAAGGAAUGCAGGGACGAAUGCGCCGCCGCCGAUAUUAACCGAUGGGACGUCACCGCAGUGACGGACAUGAGCGAUUUGUUUAUUCGUAACGGAAAUUUCAACGGCGACAUCUCCGGGUGGGACACGAGUAAGGUCACGAGGAUGAGGAACAUGUUCUACUACGCCAAGGCUUUCAACGGCGACAUCUCCAAGUGGGACGUGAGCAAGGUCAUCCACAUGGAGAGAAUGUUCUCCAACGCCGAGGCUUUCAACGGCGACAUCUCCGGCUGGGACGUGAGCAAGGUCACCAACAUGGGGGAGAUGUUCAAAGGCGCCAAGGCUUUCAACGGCAAUAUCUCCAAGUGGGACGUGAGCAAGGUCACGAAAAUGAAGAGCAUGUUCAACGGCGCUUCCUCAUUCAACGGCGACAUCUCCAAGUGGGACGUGAGCAAGGUCCCCAACAUGGGGGAGAUGUUCAAAGGCGCCAAGGCUUUCAACGGUGACAUCUCCAAGUGGGACGUGAGCAAGGUCACAAACAUGUACAACAUGUUCCUGUUCGCUUUCGCUUUCAACGGUGACAUCUCCAAGUGGGACACGAGCAAGGUCACGGUCAUGGGGGGCAUGUUCUACCACGCCAAGGCUUUCAACGGCGACAUCUCCAAGUGGGACGUGAGCAAGGUCACGAACAUGGUGAGCAUGUUCUUGGCGCCUGCUUUCAACGGCGACAUCUCCAAGUGGGACGUGAGCAAGGUCACGAACAUGAGGAUGAUGUUCAUGAGCGCUUCCUCUUUCAACGGCGACAUCUCCAAGUGGGACACGAGCAAGGUCACGAACAUGCAGAGCAUGUUCUUGUACGCCAAGGCUUUCAACGGCGACAUCUCCAAGUGGGACACGAGCAAGGUCACGAACAUGCAGAGCAUGUUCUUCAACGCCAAGGCUUUCAACGGCGACAUCUCCAAGUGGGACACGAGCAAGGUCACGAACAUGCAGAGCAUGUUCUACUCCGCUUCCUCUUUCAACGGCGACAUCUCCAAUUGGGACGUGAGCAAGGUCACGAAGAUGCAGAGAAUGUUCUUCAACGCCAAGGCUUUCAACGGCGACAUCUCCAAGUGGGACACGAGCAAGGUCACGGACACGGCGUACAUGUUUUAUGGCGCUCGGACUUUCAACGGCGACAUCUCGCGCUGGAAUCUCUGCACCGUGAGGUCUAGUGAUAAGAUGUUCCAUAUGACAGCGCUUUCCGAGGAUCACAAGGCGCAUCCAGGAGAGUGUGAACUAUGA